AUGGAGCAGAAGAACAUUUCAGAAGUAUCAGGAUUUCUUCUUCUAGGACUAUCUCAAGUCAAAGAAGUUCAAUUUGCUCUUUUCUUGGUGUUUAUACUCUUCUAUUUGUUGAUCUUGCCUGGGAAUAUCCUCAUCAUUGUUACCAUCUGGAUGGACCACCACUUGGCUUUCCCAAUGUACUUUUUCCUAGCCAAUCUAGCCUUCCUUGACAUUUGCUACUGCUCUGUCACCCCACCCAAGAUGCUAGCAGAUUUCCUAAGUGAGCACAAGACUAUUUCCUAUGGAGGAUGCAUGUGCCAGCUCUUUUUCCUGCAUUUCUUGGGAGCAGCUGAAAUAUUCCUACUGAUGGCCAUGGCCUAUGACAGGUAUGUUGCCAUAUGUAGACCACUUCAGUACCUAUAUCUUGUGAGCAGAGGUGUGUGUUGCACCUGGGUGGGGGUUUCAUGGCUUGGGGGAUUUGUUCAUGCAAUUAUCCUGGUCCUUUUGACCCAUCAGCUCCCCUUUUGUGGCCCCAAUAUCCUGGACAAUUUCUUUUGUGAUAUCAAUCAGGUCAUCAAACUGGCCUGCACUGAUACAUACAUGGUAGAGAUCCUAACUUUCAUCAACAAUGGUCUUGUUAUAUUGACCUCCUUCACACUUUUACUGAUCUCAUAUGCAAUACUUAUGCUCAAACUAAGACCUAGUACUACCCAAGGCAAAGUUUCAUCCACCUGUGUCACCCACAUUAUUGUUAUCUUUGUGAUGUGUGCUCCAGCCAUCUACCUCUACAUAUACCCUUUGGAGCCCUUACCCAUGGACAAGAUGGUGGCUGUCUUCCAUACUGUGAUCUUCCCCUUGCUCAAUCCUAUGAUCUACACAAUGAGGAACAAAGUAAUCAAGAGCUCCAUGAAGAAAUUAAUCAAAAGGAAGAAAGAAAGAAAGAAA